CACCGCCGGGCGGGCUUGACAGUUACCGGGUGUUUCCACGCACCGGCUGCACAGCUGGUUGGGAAGGAGUUCACCUUGGAUCAUUAUACCAACCACGCUUAUUAAAGCAAAGCAGGAACCUUUCAGUCAACAUGAGCAGGUGUCUGAUCAGCCAGGCGGAGGUGUUGAGCUUCAUAGAGAGAUGCAUGACCGCCGUGGGCACCAAGGCCCAUCAUGCUAAGAGCCUGGCCCAGGUGCUGGUGGAGGGGGACUGCAGGGGCCACUACAGCCACGGGCUGAACCGCAUGGACAUGUAUGUGAAGGACAUCGAGUCGGGCAUCUGCUCAAAGGAAGGAGAGCCGGUGGUGGAGAAGGAGACGGCCGCCACGGCGUUGGUGGACGGGAGGAACCUUCUGGGCCCCGUGGUGGGCAACUACUGCAUGGACCUGGCCCUGAAGAAGGCCAAGGACACGGGCAUCGGCUGGGUGGUGGCGCACGGUUCCAACCACUACGGUAUUGCUGGAUACUACGCAAUGCAGGCUCUUAAAGAAAACAUGAUUGGCAUGUCGUUCACCAACACCUCCCCACUCGUGGUCCCCACUCGUGGCAAAGAGUGCACCCUGGGAACCAACCCCAUCAGUGUGGCGGCUCCAGCCAAUGACGGGGACAGCUUUGUGUUGGACAUGGCCACGUCCGCCGUGGCACUAGGGAAGGUGGAGCUUCAUGAUCGCCGUGGAGACUCCAUCCCAGUGGGCUGGGGCUGUGACGCCGAGGGGAAUCUGACCCCAGACCCCAAGAAGGUCCUGCAAGGAGGUGGCCUGGUGCCGAUCGGUGGCAGCGAAGCUACCGGGGGCUACAAGGGCUAUGGUCUUGGCAUGAUGGUGGAGGUGUUCUGUGGCAUCCUCUCUGGAGCUCAGUACAGCAAACACGUCCGCACCUGGAAGGUGACCGACCGCGCGGCCAACCUGGGCCAGUGUUUUGUGGCCAUCAACCCAGAGAGCUUUGCUUCUGGCUUCACCGACAGGAUGUCAGACCUUCUGUCCAUACAGAGAAGUCUGGACCCUGCCACCCCUGGUAGUCCAGUGCUGGCUGCUGGGGAUCCAGAGAGAGCUCACCUGGAGGAGAUCAAAGAGUUGGGUGGAAUCCCCUACCACUUGAACGUGGUUAACUUCAUGAAUGAUUGUGGCAAGAGAGUAGGAGUCAUCCAACUGCUGCCGUGCGAUAAGCUCAUCUCCAAUUAGGUAUCUUAACCAAUGGCUUUCAUGAAACCACUGUGUCUCUUGGACUGUUACUGUGAGACCCAAGGAGCAAGCCUACUCACAGCAAUGCAUCAUGGGAUGUACCCAUGUUGUUGUUUUUAAGCCAUUAAGGCUGUCUUUUAGAAAAAAUUAUUGUACAAGUACAUUAGAAGGGGUAACACUUCAUGUUUUUAACGGUUACAUUGAUUUUAAAUUCAAAUAUAAGAACGUAUACGGAAAUGUACUGAGGUUCCUCUUUCGAAAUGACGAUUCUAUAUUUAGCACAACAUCUUGUAUGACUGAAAAUGUUGUACAUUUUGUUGCAAUAAUAUGGUAUCUUGUUUCAAUCACUGGCAUGUUAAUUGCACACAAAUUAAGAAAAAGACGGAUUUCAUUUUUAUGUUUGCUUCUGCGCUUAUCUCUGCACCUUUUUCACAUGCUAUUUUAUGGAAAAUGCACUCGAAAGCCAUUUUACAAUGUCCUUAAACUUUAAAAACAAAGAAAUAAUAUUAUUUGUAUAAUAUUAUAAUAUAUAUUGUGGUAGGUUUUAAGACCCAAAAAUGAC